GCCAAUAUUUUUUCAAUCUUGAAAGGAAGAAGAAGCAUUUCCAAUCUUUUCUGAUGGCCGUGAAGAUAAAUGGAUUCAUUGAAGGCACACAACCCGAAGAACUGCUGAAGUUACUGCUGUCACUUGCUUCAAACUGGGGUGAUGUUUUCGACACAAACAAAUUGAAAGUCGUUCAUCUAAGUGGUGCCAUGACUAAUGUGGUUUACCGAAUCACUUGGCCACGGAACACCACUGGAAAUGAUGAACGGACAGUGUUAGUUCGGAUUUAUGGGGAAGGCUCUGACAUUUUCUUUGAUCGGGAAGAAGAAAUCCGGACUUUCGAAUCCAUUUCGACCCAUGGGCAUGGCCCUCGCCUUCUCAGCCAGUUUCCUCAAGGCCGGGUGGAGGAGUUCAUUCAUGCUAAGACAUUAUCAGCUUGUGAUCUUCGUGAUCCUGAGAUAUCUACACUAAUUGCUGCCAAAAUGAGGGAAUUUCAUAACCUCAAUAUGCCUGGCACCAGGAAUGUGUUGUUAUGGCCAAGAAUGAGAAAGUGGUUGAUCANUACGAAGUCACAUGUCUUUGUACAUACCUUGUCAAUUGAAAGAGAACAAACCACACCGUAA